AAGACACUGGGCUGACUGGUACUGAAUAUUCAGGAAUGUUUUCUGUCAUGGGAAUACAGCUAAGGUCAAGCCAGGGAACAUUUUCAUGUGGUCGAAGCAGGUUGUCAGAGGGUAUCUGAGACAGACACAGCUAAGACACUGAGGAUGGCGGUGAACUGGCCAGGACUGUUGUCCAUAGGAGUGUUUUACCUGAUCGUACUGGGCACAGGUAUCUGGGCAUCCAGGAAGUCCAAACGAGAGGAGAAGAAGUGCAGCGGGAACCGCAGUGAAGUUACCAUGGUUGGAGGGCGGAACCUUAACAUCUGGGUCAGCAUCUUUACUAUGACAGCCACCUGGGUGGGAGGAGGCUACAUUUUGGGUAAUGCUGAAGUGGUCUAUGAUCCAACUAAAGGGUUAGUGUGGGCAACUGGACCCAUUGCCUUCGCCAUCAACAUGGUUGUGGGUGCACUCUUCUUUGUCACACCAAUCCGGUCCAAGAACUACGUCACCCUCAUGGACCCGUUUCAAGAGAAAUAUGGCAACACCGUCGCUGCCUUUCUAUUCAUUCCAGCUCUCAUUGGUGAUAUCUUGUGGAUAGCAUGCAUCCUUGGUGCACUGGGAGGAACAGUUAGCGUAGUCAUGGAUAUCUCCUCCCCACUGGCUGUGAGCAUCUCUGCUGCUGUGGCAAUCAUCUAUACGUUAAUGGGAGGACUGUACUCUGUGGCGUACACCGAUGUCAUCCAGCUUUUGCUCAUGCUCCUUGGCUUGUGGCUCUGUGUGCCUUUUAUCUUGACAAGCCCCAGCUCUGCCAACUUCACUGUUGCUGCAGUCACCAAGGUGUACCAGGAACCAUGGCUUGGCACGCUAGAGCUGGAACAAUCAGGUCGAUGGAUAGACGACGUACUGCUUAUAGCCUUUGGAGGGAUCUGCUACCAAGCCUUCUACCAGAGAGUCCUGUCUACAGCCACGGAUUCCCAAGCUAAGCUCACUUGCUAUGCUGGAGCAGUGUUAUGUCCAAUCCUCGGCAUCCCAUCCAUUAUUAUUGGGGCAGCAGCAGCAUCUACCAAUUGGAACCAGACCACCUUUGGUACACCGAGCCCGUAUGAACAGGGUAAAUCUGGUAUGAUCUUGCCGAUUGCCCUCCAGCAUCUUUGCCCCUUCUUCGUUUCACUGAUUGGGAUGGGAGCGCUUGCUGCCUCUGUGAUGUCAUCAGUGGACUCUGCACUUUUGUCUGCGGCAUCCCAGCUGGGUCGAAACAUCUUUAAGAACAUCGUCUACAAACAGGCAACAGAGAAAAUGAUUAUUGUGGUGGUGAAAGUAUCAGUCUUCCUGUGUGGGCUGAUGGGAGCAGGCCUUGCCAUGACUACAAGAUCCAUCCACCUGUUCUGGAUUGUCAGUGCAGAUGUUUUGUAUUCGAUGAUGACCCCUCAGGUGGCAUGCAUCUUCUACUUGAAAAAAUGGGUGAAUGGAUACGGGGCCUGUUCUGGCCUUGUGUUAGCUAUAUUACUAAGAGUUCUGGUUGGGGAACCCGUCAUCGGCCUUCCUGACAUUCUUCCUCUGCCGUGGGAUAAAAUACAGGAAGACGGACACCGAUAUCGCUUGUUCCCUUUUCGUACUGCCAUCAUGCUUAUUACCACCGGGACUAUUUUACUAGUAUCACGCCUUGCUGUUUUUGUGUCUGAGAGGAGAAGAAACAGUGAAGCUGACGCUGACAAAAAUUUACACUACAUGGCCGCACUUCAAACUGAUGUGGAGGAGCAGGAGAGACUGAAUAAAGAACAGACAAGCUUGCCCUCUCAAGGAAGCAAUGAGCACACGGACAAAUGUUGAGGACUUUUAUGACAUUUUGUAACUGCAAGUGGAUUUUUUUAAUGAAAGGUAAAGGGGAAGUAUAACAACUUCUGAGGACUCAUGCUCUAAGAGCAAAGGUGUUUAAUAUUUUAUUAACAUAUGGAUACUUGUACUGUAAAAUGAAACUAAUGUUUGAUUGAAA